GAAAUUCACUUCACUUGUUUAUUGAUUUAAAAGCAGACACAUGUUAAAAAGAAUCUUCUUAUUUUUUUAGGGGAAAAAAUGUUUCAAAACAUUAGUGUUACUUUUUUGUGCGCCUUGGCAUUUAUAUCCUGGUCGCUGCUGUGUUAUUUACAUGCGAUUAAGGACCAAAAAUCUCGCUACGAUUACAAAGUGGAGCUCUACACAGAGAGACCUACUUUCGCAGACGAGCCAAAAUCUUGUACCAUUGAUUCGACUGAAGUUCGUUUUCUACAAACUUCCUAUAAUGUUAUGAAUUAUGGCAUGAUAGUUAUCGUCGCUAUUGUAGUCACGACAUUUUUGCAAUGGUUGGCAAAAUGGGCAAGAUAUUGCAUGCAAAAUGUUCCUCUUAGCGAAUGCAUGCCAACAGAAUUCCACGAAUAUAAUGAUCGGAAUGUGGAGGAAGAUCAAAUGAAUACUGGGGGAAAAACUGAUGAAAAAGGGGUAAAUCAUAAACAAGAUUGGAGGACAGAACAAAAAUGGCAAGUGGAAUACAAAUUGAUGAUGCAGCAAGAGCAGAAGGCGAUGCAAUUGGAGAUGGAAAAGCUAUGCAAAAUGAAACGUGGAGAUGUGGAAAUGAAAAGAUAUAUAGAGAUCGAGCCAAAUAUGGAAAAUACGUCUAGAAACAAAAUAGAGAAGAAAGUGUGCGAAACUGAGAAGUCGCCGUUGGCUCAUCAAGAAAAUAAUGAGCUACGAGAGCAGUUGAAUGAUUUGCAGCAACAUUGUCGUGAAUUGCUUCAGGAACUGCGCGCUGCCAAUAGCUCCAGCUCCAGCUCCAGCCAAGGCAGUGUCAGUGCACUGGGUUCCAAUUCAUCCAGCAGCAGUUUCAGCAGCUACGAAUCCGAUGAUCCAACUUGCGUUCUUAUGUGGAAGCCGCCGGCUGCAGUAUCUUCGAGUGGUUUAUCUGGGUCUCAGAAUACGGAAUCUGUGAUCUUACCGACACAAAAAGUUUAUGUGACGCACAGUCACUAUCAUUUUAACUUUAAUGGGCCGGUGCACCUAACAAAGCAAAACAUAAACAUUGGCACGUUGAAUCCUAAAAAAGCACUAAAACGAAGCGAAUUUUUGCAAGUGUGGGGCACAUUUAUUAGUGGUCCGGAAGAGCGUCCCAUGCUAACUGGUAUCAAUAAUAUUUUAAUGUAAAAGGCGCACAAUUUUCAAAUAUAUUAUUGUUUUAAAAAAA